UGAAAGGAGGAACUGAAAGUCUACUUCCGCUGCAGCAGCGACAACGUCAAAAAGAAGGAAAAUGUGGACUGAAAGGACAAACUGAGGCCACAGAAACAACGUCCGACUGAAGAUUUUGUAUUCUCUGAACUCAGUUGCCAGACAGGUGUUAUUAUUUAAAGCUACCUGGGGAUAAUCUGCCAGUUUAAGGGGUGGUUUGGAGGUGAUCUCGUCCCCUUGUUCUGUGGUGGUUCUCUUUGAGGAAGCUGCUCGGCUAACCAGCUAACUCUGCCUGAGAUGGGAACCAGAGCCAGCCGCCUUCAGGAGGACCCGGUUCCGCCUGCUUUUGGGAAAGAUGGCACAAAGCGGGACUCCUAUCGACGACCCCGCUGUGCCAGACCCACCAGUCUCAUGGUGGACUUCUCGGUAAGCUUCGAGGACACAGAGGCCAACCACAGCCGAUCGGAGGAGGGCAGCGACUCGGACCUCGGGCAGCAUGGGGCGAGCGCAGACGGUAGCCCCGCAGACCACCACAGCAUCCCCUCCAGCAUCGGCCAAGCGUCCUCUGCGGAGGACAACAACAGCGAGGGGAAGCCCGAGGAUGAGGGGGAUAUAAGCCCGGAGCCUCCCGUUGGAGUGGAACAUCAGCCUGGGGAGGAAACAGGCCGCACGCCCCACCGCACUUUUUCCGAGCGGCUGCCCGGGAAUCGGCACUCUUCCUCCCGCAGUGUCGGCGCAAGAUCCGCCCGGGUCCGGGGCUCACACCAGCGGCCGGUGUCAGAGGCUUGGAUCGGCCUUUACCGUGUUAACAACCGUCACGGCAAUAUCCGCUGUCCUUUCUGCUCAAAGCCUUUCCCCGGGGGUCGGAUCGAGGAUCACCUGUUGAGCUGCCUCACGUCCCCUCCCCUACCUUACAACACGGAUGUGCUCAGUAAAGACAGCGGAGAGUGCUCCAUCUGUUUGGAGGAUCUGGUGCAGGGGGAGACCAUCGCCCGGCUGGCUUGCCUUUGUGUCUACCAUAAGAGCUGCAUCGAUUCCUGGUCCAAGGUGAAGCCCUGCUGCCCUGAACACCCCUUUGAUUGACUCGCAGGUCACAUGUAUUCUGCACAGUGACCAGCCCGACUCAGGAGACUACACUGAAUCCCAAUAAAAACCCAAUAAAAAUGUGUAUUUGAACAAAUGAAA